UUGUUUGGUUGGAUUUGGGAAUCUUGGAUCUUCUCUGCUUCCCGGAACUGAGCUUGCAGGAACCCUGCAACUUCUACAGGCUGAUGGGCUCACCUUUACCGAGUUAGCAGUUUAGGUAGGAGGUUAGAGGUCGACAUCUGGGAGUGUCUCGGCCUACUUGGAACGGUGCAGGGCUCGGGUCACAGGCUGCAGCUGGUUGCUAACCUCAGCGGAGCUAGGGCACCUGUGACAUUUUAGAUGGACUAGUAUCGCUGGGUCCCUUGAGAACUUUACCAGAUGCCCUCGGGCUCCACCCCAUCAUGUGGCCAUCUCAGCUCCGCCUCUGCCCCAGUUCCUGUUUCAGUCUCUGCUGUCCCGUUUUGGCCCCUAGAGUUAUCCGCAGCCUCCAGCUCUUCCUCCUCGCUUUGGACUGCCUCUUUCUGGGUGCCUGCCGCCUACAUCUCUUCUCACCCCUCAGGGGGAUGGGGUCUCCCCCUCGACUGAGCUGGUCUUCCUGGACUCCCCGCGGCUACUUGGUCCCACCCUGACUGCCCAAUCCACCUGGUGCUGCGCGCCCCCACCCCCCCUCCAGGAUGAAGGGUGGCCAGGGGGAUGCAGGCGAACAAGUCCCACUGAACCCGGAGGCCGAGUGCCCCGCUGGCUCAGCCACAUACCGAGAAUUCGUGCACCGCGGCUACUUGGACCUCAUGGGGGCCAGUGAGCACUCGCUGCGGGCGCUCAGCUGGCGCCGCCUCUACCUCAGCCGAGCCAAGCUCAAAGCCUCCAGCCGCACGUCUGCCCUGCUCUCGGGCUUCGCCAUGGUGGCCAUGGUGGAGGUACAGCUGGAGAGCAACCAUGAAUACCCGCCAGGCCUGCUGGUGGCCUUUAGUGCCUGCACCACUAUACUAGUAGCUGUACACCUCUUUGCACUCAUGGUCUCCACGUGUCUGCUACCCCACAUUGAAGCUGUUAGCAACAUCCACAACCUCAACUCUGUCCACCAGUCUCCACACCAACGACUCCACCGCUAUGUGGAGCUGGCCUGGGGCUUCUCAACUGCCUUGGGCACCUUCCUCUUCCUCGCAGAAGUUGUUCUGGUUGGCUGGGUCAAGUUUGUACCCAUUGGGGCUCCCUUGGGCACAGCAGCCCCUGUGGUACCUGCCUCCCAAGUACCUGGGACUCUACCACCAGUGGCCACCUCACUUAGUCCAGCUUCUAAGCCACCCUCUGCUUCUGUAGCCCCGCCAGAGACUGAGCCAUCUGAAGCCUGCCCACCCCAGCAAGCAUGUGGUGGUGGUGGUGGGAUCCAUGGACCAGGCUGGCAAGCGGCCAUGGCCUCCACGGCAAUUAUGGUACCUGUAGGGCUAGUGUUUGUGGCCUUUGCCCUACAUUUCUACCGUUCCUUGGUGGCACACAAGACAGACCGCCACAAGCAGGAGCUAGAGGAGCUGAGUCGCCUGCAGGGAGAGCUGCAGGCUGUGUGAGGUUGGUGUUAGUACCCUCAAAAGCACUGCCUUCUUCAGGGGCCAGCCAGAGACCCCAGGUCUACAGAACACUGCUCCCUGACCCUGUCUGGAGGUACUUAGGUAGAGACCAGAUUUUUGACCUCAUAGUCCUUUGGGCUGGACUACUUAGAGCUCCCAUAUUCCCAGGAAUUUUUCCUGUCAGUCUUUCCUAUGGGUUUUAUAAAUUCUACUCUACGCCUAGGCUGGGAGAAGCAAGGGAGGAAGUGGAAGAUCCUCAGUCCAAGGUUCAUACAGUAGGUGGAAUGGAGGCAGGGAGACCCUGGUCAGACCUUUGGUGCUGACCCUUAGCCACUUGCCCCUAUAUAGGAUGUGGAGGUCAGGUUAUGCACCCACCCAAUUGCUCCAGAAGGCAGCCAAACCUUGCUUUGUUUUUGUAGAAUUUUUUAAAAUUUAUUUUAGAGAAAGAUACAUCAAUGUGAGAGAGAAAUAUCGAUCAGCUGCCUCCCUCCUGUACACACCAUGAAUGGGGAUAGAACCCACAUCCUAGGUAUGUGCCCUGACUGGGGAUUGAACCCCUACUGCAACCCUUUGGUAUAUGGACAACACUCCAACCAACUAAGCCACCCAGCCAGGGCUUGUAGAAUCUAUUUUAUGGUUGGCAUUUCUUGGGAAGCUCUUCCCCAUCCCCAGAUUUCAGUGGGUUUCACACUCUUGCUUUAGUUGCUAUAGAGAUUUGGGUGCUUCUGCCCCAGGCAUAGGUCCAGCCUUUCCUAGAAGGAGCCUCCCUAUUUUUGGAGGUUCAAGUGCCAGUCCAAUUUCCCUAGACCCACACUUCUAUAUAUGAUUCUUCCUCUUUUGUGCCAGGGUUUGGGGGUCUUUGGAGGCUGUGGGCCUGUGUCCCCAGCUUGACUACUUCGCAAGGGUUGGGGUGAGGAGAUUUUUAAGGGUAAAGGUCUAGUCCCUAACCCUUGGAAUACAGAGCUAUUCUGCCACUGAAUUUUUGAUGCACCUUGUUUUGUAUAAUAAAUUGUGUUUCACAGA